AUGGCAUCGAGACCAGGUCUUCUUACGGACUGGCCAUGGACACCUCUCGGAAGCUUUAAGUACUUGGUGUUGACGCCACUGGUUAUCGACGGCAUCUACUCAUAUGCGACAAUGAGAGAUCACGAUAAACUUAUGGUAGUGGCGCUAAUGAUGUGGCGGAUUGUUCAUAGCCAGGUUUGGAUAAGUUUUGCCCGUUACCAAGCUGCGAAAGGAACCAAACGGAUCGUGAACAAGUCCAUAGAGUUUGACCAAGUCGACCGAGAACGAACCUGGGACGAUCAAAUCAUCUUCAACACCCUCAUUUUUUACUUAGGUAAAGUGUUGGUCUUACCAACCAAUACCGCUCCUUUUUGGCGACUCGAUGGAGUGGUUCUAAUCGCUCUCCUCCAUGCGGGUCCUGUUGAGUUUUUCUACUACUGGUUUCACCGAGCCCUUCACCACCACUUCCUCUACUCUCGCUACCAUUCACACCACCACUCCUCCAUCGUCACCGAGCCGAUCACUUGUACGUACACAUAUAAUGAUGCAUGGGUUUUAAUUGCAGCGGUGGUACAUCCGUUUGCGGAGCACAUUGUGUAUACACUAAUCUUGGGAAUACCACUGGUAACGACUUUGCUGUGCGGCACAAUCUCUAUGGUCUCCGUUUUCCUCUACAUAACUUACAUAGAUUUCAUGAACAACUUGGGUCAUUGCAACUUCGAGCUCAUUCCAAAACCUUUCUUCUCUCUUUUCCCUCCUCUUAAGUUCUUUUGCUACACUCCCUCAUUUCACUCGCUCCACCACACGCAAUUCAGGACGAACUAUUCUCUGUUCAUGCCAAUGUACGACUACAUUUACGGGACCAACGAUAAAUGUAGUGACUCAUUGUAUGAAACAUCGUUGGAGCAAGAAGAAGAGAAAACGGACGCGAUUCAUCUCACGCAUCUAACAUCACUAGACUCUAUUUACCAUCUCCGGCUUGGCUUUGCUUCCCUUUCCUCGCACCCGCUCACUUCCCGGUGUUACCUAUUCCUCAUGAGACCCUUCUCUCUAACACUCUCCUUCAUUCUUACUUAUUUUUCUCCUCAAACCUUUGUCUUCGAGAGAAACCGCUUCGGAGAUCUCACCCUUCACUCCCACCUCCUUCCCAAGUUCUCCUCUCAUUACAUUUCGCAGCGGCACAAAGAACGUAUCAACAAAAUGAUAGAAGCGGCUAUUCUUGAAGCGGAGAAGAAGGGUGUGAGAGUAAUGAGUUUAGGGCUAUUGAACCAGGGAGAAGAAUUAAAUGGUUACGGAGAAAUGUAUGUAAGGAAGCAUCCAAAGCUAAAAAUAAGGAUAGUAGACGGAAGCAGCCUUGCAGCUGAGGUGGUUGUUCAUAGCGUUCCUGUUGGGACCAGAGAGGUUCUCUUUAGAGGCCAAAUCACAAAGGUGGCUCGUGCCAUUGUCUCUUCUCUUUGCCAAAAUGGCAUCAAGGUGCUGGUUUUACGUGAGGAAGAGCAUCGCAUGCUAGCCGAAUUACUUGGUGGGGAUUGUAAAGAAAAUCUGGUGCUCACAAGGAAUUACUCCCCAACGAUAUGGUUGGUGGGAGAUGGGCUAAGCAAAGAAGAGCAGAAGAUGGCAGGAAAAGGAACUCGUUUUCUUCCUUUCUCUCAAUUUCCUCCUACCAAACUCCGAAAAGACUGCUUUUACCAUACAACUCCGGCUAUGAUCAUCCCGGACUCUGCCCAAAACAUCGAUUCUUGUGAGAAUUGGCUGGGGAGGAGAGUGAUGAGCGCGUGGAGAGUUGGAGGGAUAGUACACGCGCUUGAAGGGUGGGAGGAACACGAGUGCGGUCUCCACAACUCAAUCCUUAACCCUCCCAAAGUUUGGGAAGCUGCUCUUCGAAAUGGUUUCAAACCUCUGGUUUUGCCAUCUUUAGAGACCAAGGGAUUCGAUAAUUCCUACUAGUAAUAGUUAUUGUACUCUCUUCUAUGGAAAUGAAAUUAUUGAAACCAAUUUUAAUUUGUUUUGUUCGUUUGUGAUGUUGAAAUACACAAGUGAUAGAAUAUGAACUGAGUCUGAUAUUUCAGCAAAAAACCAUGGCUAACUCAUCGGUUAAACCGGUUCAAUCAGGCAGCCUUUUGAUUGUU